AUGCAGUUGGUUACGAUCAUAGUGCCAAUUGAUGGUUGUAAGUUAUUCAUUAUUGAAGUUGAUACAACAACGACCAUACCUUAUCCAGUCGAUUCAUUUACAUUAAAUGUUGCUCAACGUUGUUCGUUCUUGUGUAACUUGACCGACUUAGAUCCAACUUAUAAUGCAUCCCGUGUCAAGUCAAUUUAUAUACGAAUACAAGCUACUCUUUCGGUAUAUCCUCAAGACGUUACUAGUUUUAUUCCUCCUUAUGAAAAUCAGUGUUAUCCUUAUCCAACUUUCUACAAUCCAUUGUAUCUUGCAUUUUUAUCACUUGAUUCAACAAACUCAACACCAACAUAUCUAGCUACAUUAGCAACUCCAAUCCUAUCGAAUGUUACUCCUCCACUAGAUACAAAUAUUCUAGAUGCACGACCUCUAUUUCGAAAUGCAAAUGGAGUUCCGAAUGCAACUCAUUAUUUAGCUAUUGCGGUUGGAUUUGGUGUAGGACCAAGUGGAUUCGGUGAUGCAACAGUGAAUGGCGUCUCAUAUAGUUCAGAUGCUAAUUAUAUGCAUAUGAGAGAUGAUCCACCAACGGGAUUUACUUCAGACUUAUAUGAACCAUUACUCUAUCAAAUGGUAAGAAAGACUAAUCAAUUAGCAAUUUCAUCACCUCUUCUGGAGGCAGGAAACGACUUGCCAGUCAUUCAAAGUGAUGCAAAUGGACAUUAUUUAAUCCCUUACCUAGCUUGUGUUGAUAUUUAUAUAACCAACCCGAUUGGUGGUGAACAUCCGUUUCAUUUACAUGGCCAUAAUUUUUGGAUUGUUUCAACAUCGGACUAUCCCGAAGCUGAGUUCCUGUAUGCCGAAGACUUUAUGCAACGUGAUACUGUGAGUGUGCCAGCAGGCGGUUGGGCUAAAAUCCGAUUUGUAGCCGAUAAUCCUGGUGCUUGGUUCAUGCAUUGUCACAUUGAAUGGCACAUGGCAGAUGGACUAGCAGUAGCUUUAAUUGUUUCACCCGACCAGCUUUUGACUAAUGGUUAUACUAUUCCACAAAGUGGACAAAGACAGUGUGAAGCACUACAACGAUUCAAUACGACUUAUGAUCCUGUAAUACCCUCAAAUUAA